ACAUGCUUGUUGGAGUUGAAAGAGCCACAGCAUACGUUCCACAAAUAUGUGGCAAACAGCCAGGAGCUGCACCACACCACAAUUUGCCAGGAGUUGCACUUUGUGGCACCGCAAAUCUGCAGCUUCAUCUCUUAGCCUUUGCAAUUCUUUAGCCGUGAAUUCCUUAAGCAAACCCAAGAAUGUACGCCAUGUGCCAUUGCUGCCACAAGUUGCAAGCGCUGCAGAAAUUAGUUGACCAUGCACGCUGCCAGCAAGAAGUUGGUAACCUUCAGAUUUCGCCUCGCACAGCUGCUGCUGCUGCUGCUGCUGCUGCUGCUGCUGCUGCCUCUCCUGUCUGUGGCUAGUUGCAGUCUCUUCACACCAGCUGGCAAUGCCACAUGCAACCACAGGCUGAGUCGCUCGCGGCGAGUGGCCAUCUUCAACGGUCAAGGCGUGCUCAAGUUUGUCUGUGGCAUUGCCUUUCCCGUACCGCAGGAGGACACUGUGCUUUCCGUUUGGGGCUUCAUCAACUAUCAAAAUCAGUUCACGCCCCCACCCGUGCCCGUUUAUUGGUGGAGUUUUUGGAACACCUCCAGCUUUGAGUCGGUGGCCAGGGAUAUCCACACGCAGCUUGGACACGAUGAGGCACGCACUUGGCUCUACGAUGUCAUUGAAACGGGCCUGGAACAAUUGGAUGCCGAGAGUGGAGCUGUGUGCCUGCUGCGCAGCAUCUGCGAGAUCUCACAGCGACCCUUCCAGCCCAGCAACCUCUUCAGCGAGCUACUAAAUGCGGUUCUAGUACCUCCUCUGGAUAAUGUGGCGGACAAGUAUCUGCAUGCCCGGGAUGGGGGACGUGCGGGCGCUGACUGCCGCAGAACCUACAGCGAUUGCAGCCAUAAACUUUGGCGACAUCUCAGCCAUGCAGCUAGGAUAACGCUUUGAGCGCAGAAGUG